AUGAGGACAACACGGAAAGGGAGUGUGGAGAUGCCUGCAUUUGUCCGGCAGCUGGUGAAGGAGACAGAGAAGAGGGUCAGCUCCUUCUUCAAGGGAGGGGGGCGUGGAGGGGCAGAACACGUGCAGGGGGAGGGGGAGGAGGUGAUCCCCAGCCCCUACUUGGACCGUCCCAUCCUGGACAAGCUGACUGAGGAGGGCUGCUCCCGCUGGGGCCUGACCUAUGCCCUGGGCAGCAUGCAGGGCUGGAGGGCCAACAUGGAGGACUACCACAACUGUGUUCCUCAGCUGGGCGCAGGGCUGGCAGACUGGAGCUUCUUUGCUGUGUUUGAUGGGCACGCGGGCAAUCAAGUGGCACAGUACGCCUCACAACACCUGCUGGAUCAGGUCCUAGCUACAGGUGAAACAAACUUACACAAAACGUUAUCUGUAUUUGACAGACUUCUCAUGUUACUUAACAGCCUGUUUCAUCUCGUAGUUUAAAUAGAUGCGUGAACAGAUCUUCAUAUAUUGAGUUGAUGACUCAUUCCAGAGCAGAUAUUUAUAUGUAACAUUAAGCUCAUCGGAGUAAAGCAUGUGACUCCUCAGUGAUGUGUUGAAUGGCGUAUGUUAGAGAGGUUUAUACCUGGUAAUAACUAUAAAUGAUCACUACAUUUUAGGAGGUUACUGGAGAUUGCUACUUUAUCUUGCUAGUGCUAGUGGUAAAAUCAAUUAUGUAGCUGACAGAUAACACAAAUCAUUUUAGCCACUGCUUUUACUGCCUGUGUGCACUGACUUCCUUACGGCCUGUGUGUACUAACCGUAUGGGUGUGUCCUGUAGGAGGGAUCGGGCCAGAGGACCACCCUGAUCGGGUGAGAGGGAGCUUCACAGAUGGCUUCCUACACACAGACAAACACCUGCUGACUGCAGCCCGCCGUGAGGGCUGGGAGCGGGGUGGCACCACCGUGACCUCCACUCUCAUCUCACCACGAUAUUUCUACUUCGCCAACUGUGGAGACUCGCGUGCCAUGCUGUGCCGGGCAGGACAGGUGUGCUUCUCCACUGAGGACCACAAGCCCUACAGCCCUCUGGAGAGGGAGCGAAUCGAGAGCGCUGGCGGCUCAGUGUCCCUACAACGCAUCAACGGCUCCCUGGCUGUGUCCCGCGCCCUGGGAGACUUCAGCUACAAGGGGGCAGAGAACCGGCCGCCCACCCAGCAGAUGGUGUCUCCGGAGCCAGAGGUGUGUGUGGUGGAGCGGUCACCCGGGGAUGAGUUCCUGGUGCUGGCCUGUGACGGGGUGUGGGACACGGUCUCCAACGAGGAGCUGUGUGCCUUCAUCCACAGCCGUCUGCGAGUCUGCACUGACCUCAGGGACGUCUGCUCCCAGGUCAUUGACCUCUGCCUCUAUAAGGUCAGUACCCAAAGUCACCUGUAGAUCAGUACAUGUGGACCACAUCAGUGCUGUGUUAAAACAGUCCCUUCAUGUUCAUGUACAGCAUAAGUGACAGUUCGCUGUCAACAUGUGGAUGUACUAUUCUCAAUGUAGACAGGCCAAAAUGUUCUGAUCUGAUGAGCCACACAGACUGAACAUUAGUUAAUAAAACGUGAUAUUAUUUUGGCAGAGGCUUUAUUUUCCAUUACAUAAUAAUAAUCCCAUGAAAUAAGAUUAUUGAGGAUAUACCAGCACUCAAAGAGUACCUUCUGACCUUCCCAAGGCUUAGACAGACCACUGGGACAUGAGAAUGUAUAGCGCCACAAUACCUUUACAAACACAUACCCACUAGCACACACCUAUUGAACACAUACUCUGUGAGCUGAGCUGGGCUGGCUUUGACUACCAUAUCCUCACCUUAGUAUGGCUUGGUGGUUAUAUAACAGUGUUCCAGCUUAGAGAUUCUGCUCAACGACCUGAAAAUGUCACAGUUUCUAACUCUCUCACACACUUCAUCAUCAUUGUCAAUGGGACAGUCAGUUCAGUUGUGCAUGAAGGAGGAAGUAGGCUAUUCAUGUUCCUGAAGGGAGACAAAGUACUUUAGCUUUGCUGUGUGGAGGGUCAGUGUUAGACAAAGGAUAAGGUUGCCCACAGCAUUUGUACAUCAGACUCUGCUUUUAUUAGCCCACCCAGGUCACAUCAGGAUUGGACGAGAGGAAGGGGUUCGAGGGGAUUAUUUAAGAUACUCUUUGAAGAGGUAAGGUUUCAGAUGUUUUCGGGAAGAUGAGCAGGGACUCUGCUGUCCUAGCUUCAGGGGGAAGCUGGUUCUGGGCCAAGAGACCACAGGUGGCAGAACGGAGUACUUGGGUUGGGGUGUAGGGUUUGAGCAUAGCCUGAAGGUAGGGAGGGGCAGUUGCUUUUGCUGCUUCGUAGGUAAGCACCAUGGUCUUGUAGUGGAUGCAAGUUUUGACUGGAAGCCAGUGGAGUGUGCGGAGGAGAGGGGUGACAUGGGAGAAUUUGGGAAGGUUGAACACCAGGUGGGCUGCAGCAUUCUGGAUACGUUUCAGGGGUUUGAUGGCACAAGCGGGGAGCCCAGCCAACAGCGAGUUGCAGUAGUACAGACAGGAGAUGACAACUGCCUGUAUUAGGACCUGCGCGGCUUCCUGUGUGAGGUAGGGUCGUACUCUACGGAUGUUGUAGAGCAGGAACCUGCAAGCGCGAGUCACUGCUUUGAUGUUUACAGAGAACGACAGGGUGUUGUCCUGUGGGAGGGGGACAUUCGAGUUCUCAACCGUGAUGGAGAGGUCUUGGAGUGGGCAGACUUUCCCUGGGAGGAAAAGCAGCUCCGUCUUGUCCAGGUUGAACUUGAGGUGGUGGGCCGACAUCCAAGCUGAGAUACACUAUAUAUACAAAAGUAUGUGGACACCCCUUCAAAUUAGUGGAUUCGGCUAUUUCAGCCACACCCGUUGCUGACAGGUGUAUAAAAUCGAGCACACAGCCAUGCAACCCCCAUAGACAAACAUUGGCUGUAGAAUGGCCUUACUGAAGAGCUCAGUGACUUUCAACGUGGCACCAUCAUAGGAUGCCACCUUUCCAACAAGUCAGUUCGUCAAAUUUCUGCCCUGCUAGAGCUGCUCCGGUCAACUGUAAGUGCCGUUAUUGUGAAGUGGAAACGUCUAGGAGCAACAACGGCUCAGCCGCGAAGUGGUAGCUCACAGAACGGGACCGCCGAGUGUUGAAGCACAUAGCGCGUAAAAAUAAUCUGUUCUCGGUUGCAACAUUCACUACAGAGUCCAAACCACCUCUGGAAGCAACGUCAGCACAAGAACUGUUAGUCUGGAGCUUCAUGAAAUGGGUUUCCAUGGCCGAGCAGCCGCACACAAGCCUAAGAUCACCAUGCGCAAUGCCAAGAAUCAGCUGGAGUGGUGUAAAGCUCACCGCCAUUGGAUUCUGGAGCAGUGGAAACGCGUUCUCUGGAGUGAUUAAUCACGAAUCACCAUCUGGCAGUCCUACGGAUGAAUUUUGGUUUGGCAGAUGCCAGUAGAACAUUACCUUCCCUAAUGCAUAGUGCCAACUGUAAAGUUGGUGGAGCAGAAAUAAUGGUCUGGGGCUGUUUUUAAUGGUUCGGGCUAGGCCCCUUAGUUCCAGUGAAGGGAAAUCUUAACGCUACAGCAUACAAUGACAUUCUACACGAUUCUGUGCUUCCAACUAUGCUUCCAACUAUGAGCCAGGCCUAAUCGCCCAACAUCAGUGCCCGACCUCACUAAUGCUCUUGUGGCUGAAUGGAAGUCCCCGCAGCAAUGUUCCAACAUCUAGUGGAAAGCCUUCCCAAAAGAGUGGAGGCAGCAACUCCAUAUUAAUGCCCAUGACUUUGGAAUGAGAUGUUCGAUGAGCAGGUGUCCACAUACUUUUGGUCAUGUAGUGUAUCUACCAGGCACGCAGAGAUGCAUAGCAACGAUAGGAGAGACCAUGUGAGGCUAUGACGGAACCAAGUGACUUGGAGUAUAGAGGAGAGGGCCUAGAACUGAGCCCUGGGGGACAACAGUAUUGAAAGUACGUGGUGAAGACACAGAUCCUCUCCACGUCACCUGAUAGGAGCGGCCUGCCAGGUAGGAUGCAAUCCAAGAGUGUGCAGAGCCUGAGACACCCAGCCCUGAGAGGGUGGAGAGGAGGAUCUGAUGGUUCACGGUGUCAAAGGCAGCAGAUAGAUCUAGGAGGAUGAAGACAAAGGAGAGAGAGUCAGCUUUGGCAGUGAGGAGAGCCUCCGUGACACAGAGAAGGGCAGUCUCGGUUGAGUGACCCGUCUUGAAGACUGACUGGUUAGGGUCAAGAAGAUUGUUCUGAGAGAAAUAGCAAGAGGAGUUGGUCAGAGACAGCACGCUCAAGAGUUUUGGAAAUAAAAGAAAGGGAUACCGGUCUGUAAUUUUUGGCGUCAGAUGGGUUGAGUGUUGGUUUCAUGAGGGGAGCGACUCUGGCCAUUUUAAAGUCAGAGGGGACGCAGCCAGUGGUCAGAGAUGAGUUGAUGAGGGAAGGGAGGAAUGGGAGGUCUCCAGAGUUGGUCUGGAGAAGGGGAUGGAGUCAAGAGGGCAGGUUGUCAGGCAGCCGGACCACACUAAUCGCAGGAUUUCAUCUGAAGAGAGAGGGGAGAAAGAGGUCAAGGUGUAGGGUAUUGCUGUGUGAGUGGGACCUGUGGACUCAAUAGGCUGAGUGAAUGAGGAGCGGAUGUCAUCAACCUUCUUUUCAAAGUGUUUGACAAAGUCAUCCGCAGAGAUGGAGGGGAGGAUUAAUAUUUUACUGAAAUCAGGGUCACAGAGAGUGAUUCUUGGUAGUCUUUAACACAUUUACUUUGAAACAAAAGUAUACACCUCACACAUAUGGUUAUGAAAAAAUAAAUAAUAAUAAGACAUGUACCAUGUCAGAUAGUGUUGAAAUUUAUUCCAUUUGAGUUUGCAUUCCAACAUUACACUUGAUAUACACAUCACAGAAUAUAACAAGACUGUUUGACAUAAACACCUGAUUUUCUGCAGGUUUUUGAAAUAAUCUUUAUUAAAAAUAUUAAUAACAUUCCACCCAUGAGGCCAAAGAGGGCAGUUUUGGUCAUUGACUGCAGGAAAGGGCUACAGAGGGAGGAGAAGGUCGAAAAGAGUCAGAAGCUUGAAAUUUACAGUGAUGGAAAGUGGCUUUAGCAGCAGAUACAGAGGAAGAGAAGGAAGAGAGGAGGGAGUGAAAGGAUGAUAGUUUAGUUUUCCUAAAUUUUCCCGUCAGCUGCCCGCAGUCCUGUUCUGUAUGCUCGCAAUGAGUCACAGCCACGGAGCAGGAGGGGAGGGCCAAGCCGGCCGGGAGUAAAGGGGACAGUGCAAGUCAUUGGAUGCGGAAAUGGAGGUGAGUUGGGUUGAAGAGGCAGAAUCAGGAGACAGAAGGAUUUAGCAGAAGGGAGAGAUGAGACGAUAGAAGAGAGCAAAGAUUGCGACAGCGCAUGACCAUCUGGGUAAGGGCUGAGUGGCUAGGGUUGAAGGAGGGAGACAGAAAAAUAAACAAAGUAGCGAUCAGAGACCUGGAGGGGGGUUGCAAUGAAAUUAGUAGGCGAACAGCCUCUAGUAAAGAUGAGGUCAAGCGAAUUGCCUGACUUGUGAGUGGGAGGAGGCUGGGAACGGGUGAGGUCAAAAGAGGCAAGGAGGGGAAGAAAGAGUUAGAAAGAAAUGAAUCGACGUUGGGAGGUUGAAGUCACCAAGUACGAAGAGCGGUGAGCCAUCGUCAGGAAAUAAUCUUAUCAAGGUGUCAAGCUCACUGAGGAACUCUAAGGGGACCUGGUGGGUGAUGGAUGACAACAAUGUUAAGCUUGAGUGGACAAGUGACAGUGACAGCAUGGAAUUCAAAUGAGGAGAUGGACAGGUGAGUGAGGGAGAAAAUAAAAAUCUCCAUUUAGGAGAAAUGUGUAGCCCUGUGCCACCACCGCGACGACCAGAUGCUCUCAGACUGUGAGAGAAAACGUAGUCAGAUGAAGAGAGAGCAGAAGUGUUCUCUGGGGGGAUCCAUGUCUCCGUCAGGGCCAAAAAGUCAAGGGACUGAAGGGCAGCAUAGGCUGAGAUGAACUCAGGGUUCUUGACCGCAGAUCGGCAGUUCCAAUAGCUGCCAGAGACCAGGAAUUCCACAUCGGUUGUGCACGCAGGGUACACUAAAUUAGAAGGGUUGCAGCCAAGGGGUGGGGAGCGUCUGUAAAGCCUAUAGGGAGAGGAGCGAACAGGUAUAGAAAACACACACAUAGUUGACAAAGCUACAAAAGAGCAACAUUAGAUAAUCUGAAAAUAACUAGGUAAGAUACUCAAGUAAGAGAGUGGUGUGGAGCCUUCCUCUCUUUCACUGGCUUUGUUUCGGCGGCAGUCUUAGUUUUGCGACGAGAAAACAUGGGAGACUGAAGCACUAGCACUAAUUGCUAAUUGCCUUGCAGAGGUGAAGAGCACACCUCCUGGUACUAAUUGCUGAUUGCCUAUGAGAGGGGAAACCCCUCCCCCUUCAAUACAGCCACUGAUUACGAAGACAACAACAGUCGCAAAUUGCCCUGCCCCUUAAUCCUGGUUGAUGUGUCAACAAUCAUCUGCAAAUGAAUAGCAGUCAGCAGUUCAUACACCAAGUAGGACAGUCAGCACUCUAUCAGUUGAGAGUGGGGUGACUUCUAGGACAAAGGGGGCCUAAUCUUGUAAGGAUCAGACAAACACAGAAGAGAAGUGGUCGUAAUUGGAGGUCAAAGGUCACUAUUUAGCGCCUGACCUCAGGGUAGGCAGCUGUUGUAAUCCUGCUAGUAGCCUUCCAGUAAGCCUUGUUUGGCACUCACCUGAUUUGGCACUAUACAAACAACAAUAUCUACAGCGCAAGACAUUUUCCCCAUUAUCAUAAUGGUGGGAAAGAUUAUCCUAUCUCGCACACUGUUCAGAGGGCAGCAUACAUCACUAAGAUUAGCUAACAACAGUCAACCCUCUUUAGAAACGUCAGAUGUACUUAUGUCAGGUCUGUACUUAUGUCAGGUCUGUACUGUAUCCUAACAUGAGGUAAUCUCUGUGUACUGUGACUGUACUAACCUUGGUUGGCUUGUUCUCCUCUGCAGGGCAGUCUGGACAAUAUCAGCAUCAUCUUGGUCUGCUUCCCUGGCGCCCCCCAGCUCUCAGCAGAGGCACUACACAAGGAGGCAGCGCUUGAAGACCUGCUGGAGUCUAAAGUGGCAGGUGCAGUAUUGUGGGGAUACUUAUAUUCACCCACUUCAGUUUAUUCAAUUAACCCCAAAUCAGUUUACAACUAGAUUUACACUACUAUAGUUGGGUCAUUCCACAAAUUAAGUACCUUUUGAGUAGUGUAACUUGGUGAAAAAACACCAACAUUCUGUCAUAAAGAGCACAUGUUCAACUUAAUAAAAAAUGAGUUUUCCCAUCUCAAGAGGUUAAAUAAAAAUAAAUACUAUAGUAGGUGCCUAUUAAGUGCCAAACAAAGUAACAGGGUUGACCGUAACAGGGUUGACGACUUCUUCUUACAGUGGCUUGCAAAAGUAUUCACCCCUCUUGGCAUUUUUUCUAUUUUGUUGCCUUACAACCUGGAAUUAAAAUGGAUUUUUGGGGGGGUUUGUAUCAUUUGAUUUACACAACAUGCCAACCACUUUGAAAAUGUAAAAUAUUUUUUAUUGUGAAACAAAUAAAAAAACUGAAAACUUGAGCGUGCAUAACUAUUCACCCCCCCAAAGUCAAUACUUUGUAGAGCCACCUUUUACAGCAAUAACAGCUGCAAGUCUCUUGGGGUUUGUCUCUAUAAGCUUGGCACAUCUAGCCACUGGGAUUUUUUCCCAUUCUUCAAGGCAAAACUGCUCCAGCUCCUUCAAGUUGGAUGGGUUCCGCUGGUGUACAGCAAUCUUUAAGUCAUACCACAGAUUCUCAAUUGGAUUGAGGUCUGGGCUUUGACUAGGCCAUUCCAAGACAUUUAAAUGGUUCCCCUUAAACCACUCAAGUGUUGCUUUAGCAGUAUGCUUAGGGUCAUUGUCCUGCUGGAAGGUGAACCUCCAUCCCAGUCUCAAAUCUCUGGAAGACUGAAACAGGCUUCCCUCAAGAAUUUCCCUGUAUUUAGCGCAAUCCAUCAUUCCUUCAAUUCUGACCAGUUUCCCAGUCCCUGCCGAUGAAAAACAUCCCCACAGCAUGAUGCUGCCACCACCAUGCUUCACUGUGGGGAUGGUGUUCUCGGGGUGAUGAGAGGCGUUAGGUUUCGGCCAGACAUAGAGUUUUCCUUGAUGGCCAAAAAGCUCAAUUGUAGUCUUAUCUGACCAUAGUACCUUCUUCCAUAUGUUUGGGGAGUCUCCCACAUGCCUUUUUGUCGAACACCAUACGUGUUUGCUUAUUUUUUUCUUUAAGCAAUGGCUUUUUUCUGGCCACUCUUCUGUAAAGCCCAGCUCUGUGGAGUGUACGGCUUAAAGUGGUCUUAUGGCCAGAUACUCCAAUCUCUGCUGUGGAGCUUUACAGCUCCUUCAGUGUUAUCUUUGGUCUAUUUGUUGCCUCUCUGAUUAAUUCCCUCCUUGCCUGGUCCAUGAGUUUUGGUGGGCGGCCCUCUCUUGGUAGGUUUGUUGUGGUGCCAUAUUCUUUCCAUUUUUUUAUAAUGGAUUUAAUGGUGCUCCGUGGGCAAAGUUUCAGAUAUUUUUUUAUAACCCAACCCUGAUCUGUACUUCUCCACAACUUUGUCCCUGACCUGUUUGGAGAGCUCCUUGGUCUUCAUGGUGCCGCUUGCUUGGUGGUGCCCCUUGCUUAGUGGUGUUGCAGACUCUGGGGCCUUUCAGAACAGGUGUAUAUAAACUGAGAUCAUGUGACAAAUCAUGUGACACUUAUAUUGCACACAGGUGGACUUUAUUUUACUAAUUAUGUGACUUCUGAAGGUAACUGGUUGCACCAGAUCUUAUUUAGAGGCUUCAUAGCAAAGAGGGUGAAUACAUGGGGCGGCAGGUAGCUUAGUGGGUAAGAGCGUUGUGCCAGUAACCGAAAGGUCGCUGGUUCUAAUCCCCGAGCCGACUAGGUGAAAAAUCUGUCGAUGUGCCCUUAAGCAAGGCACUUAACCCUAAUUGCUCCUGUAAGUCGCUCUGGAUAAGAGCGUCUGCUAAAUGACUAAAAUGUAAAUGUACAUAUGCACGCACCAAUUUUCCGUUAUUUAUUUUUUUAAAACAAGUAAUUUUUUUCAUUUCACUUCACCUAUUUUGUAUAUGUCUAUUACAUGAAAUCCAAAUAAAAAUCCAUUUAAAUUACAGGUUGUAAUGCAACAAAAUAGGAAAAACGCCAAGGGUGUGAAUACUUUUGCAAGGCACUGUAAAUCAGCCAUAAAUCCCCUUGUUGUGUGCAACAAGGAGGAGCAAUUGAAUGCAAGCUUCACCCCAAAACAGUUCUGUAAAAAAAUGUCUAGCCUGUCUGUUCAUGGUUAAUAGGGUUGACGUGUUAUGCUGAACCCGCUCAGUUUUCCACCACAAAACACUAGAAAAUUGCCAAAAAGAGUAGAACCAGCUCACCUGCUUUUACACUAUGAUUUGACUAUUAGGUGUUCAAUACUUUUUUAGAAAAAAAUAUUGAAAAAUGAAUAGUUUCACCAUAUUAAAACGAGAGUUCAGUUCACGUAACAGUGUUGACAAAAUGCAACAAAAUAACUAGGGCUUUACAAUGAUGGUGAAAACUUGGAGAAAUGUUGGGGUUAAGUGGGUUAAAAUAGUCCUAUAAGUCACAGAGGAUGCUUAAAGGGACAUGUAAAAAUGCUGAAUUUUGGCACUUUAGCAAGUCUUUAUUCAUGUAAAAAAAAAUCUGAUUUAUUGAAUUGUCCAUGCGGUAUAUAUUAAAGGGCACUUGAUUUAAUAUAACAGGCCUUUAAAAUUCAAUAUCUGUGCACAAUUUCUACUUAAAAUAUCAAAGGGACGCAAAAGGCACUUACUUUGUGGAAUGACCGAGUUCAUUGGCACAAGGAGGGCAGGUGCACUAUUGUCAAGUACACUAAAUGUAUCAUUUUAAUAAUUGUUUUUCUUGUAACUACUCCUCUCUUCCCUUUUGAUAGAGAUUUAUGAGGAGCUGAGUUCCCAGGGGGAGGAUCCGGAUCUGCUGUCUGUCCUCACUGUUCUGGCAAACACUGAUGUCCCAGGCUUACCACCUGGAGGCGGUCUGCAGAGCAAGUAAGUGAAUCUGAGUGCAUUGUGCCAAAAGUUCAUUACAGUGCAAUAGGUACUAAAUAACAAAGUGCAGUAAGGAUCAUCUGAGUAGAGAGACACUGCUUGUCCUCAAACCUGUUUCCUGUGUGUUGCAGAAGGAACUGUAUCAUCUCUGCCUAUUACGAAAAGAAAGAGGCACACAAUCCUACUACACCUAAUGUAAGUGUUUGUAUUUAUAUCAAACUGUCUCAGUUACUACAGUACCAGUCCAAAGUUUGGACACACCUACUCAUUCAAGGUUUUUUUUUAUAUUUUUACUAUGUUCUACAUUGUAGAAUAAUAGUGAAGACAUCAAAACUAUGAAAUAACACAUAUGGAAUCAUGCAGUAACCAAAAAGUGUUAAACAAAUCAAAAUAUAUGUUAUAUUUGAGAUUCUUCAAAGUAGCCACCCUUUGCCUUGAUGACAGCUUUUCACACUCUUGGCAUUCUCUCAACCAGCUUCAUGAGGUAGUCACCUGGAAUGCAUUUAAAUUAACAGGUGUGCCUUGUUAAAAGUUAAUUUGUGGAAUUUCUUUCCUUCUUAUUGCGUUUGAGCCAAUCAGUUGUGUUGUGACAAAGUAGGGAUGGUAUACAGAAGAUGGCCCUAUUUGGCAAAAUACCAAGUCCAUAUUAUGGCAAGAACAACUCAAAUAAGCAAAGAGAAACGACAGUCCAUCAUUACUUUAAGACAUAAAGGUCAGUCACUUUCAACGUUUCUUCAAGUGCAGUCGCAAAAACCAUCAAGCGCUAUGAUGAAACUGGCUCUCAUGGACCGCCACAGGAAAGGAAGACCCAGAGUUACCUCUGCUGCAGGGGAUAAGUUCAUUAGAGUUAACUGCACCUCAGAUUGCAGCCCAAAUAAAUGCUUCACAAAGUUCAAGUGACAGACACAUCUCAACAUCAACUGUUCAGAGGAGACUGCAUGAAUCAGGCCUUCAUGGUCUGAUUGAAGCAUGGAGGAGGAGGUGUGAUGGUGUGGGGGUGCUUUGCUGGUGACACUGUCAGUGAUUUAUUUAGAAUUCAAGGCACACUUAACCAGCAUGGCUACCACAGCAUUCUGCAGCGAUACGCCAUCCCAUCUGGUUUGCACUUAGUGGGACUGUCAUUUGUUUUUCAACAGGACAAUGACCCAAAACACACCUCCAGGCUGUGUAAGGGCUAUUUGACCAAGCAGUGUGAUGGAGUGCUGCAUCAGAUGACCUGGCCUCCACAAUCCCCUGACCUCAACCCAAUUGAGAUGGUUUGGGAUGAGUUGGACCACAGAGUGAAGGAAAAGCAGCCAACAAGUGCUCAGCAUAUGUGGGAACUCCUUCAAGACUGUUGGAAAAGCAUUCCUCGUGAAGCUGGUUGAGAGAAUGGCAAGAGUGUGCAAAGCUGUCAUCAAGGCAAAGGGUGGCUACUUUGAAGAAUCUCAAAUAUAACAUAUAUUUUUAUUUGUUUAACACUUUUUUGCUUACUACAUGAUUCCAUAUGUGUUAUUUCAUAGUUUUGAUGUCUUCACUAUUAUUCUACAAUGCAAAAAAUAGUCAAAAUAAAGAAAAACCCUUGAAUGAGUAAGUGUGUCCAAACUUUUGACUGGUACUGUAUACCAAUACUACAUCAUCUCUGAGCUGGUCAGUAUUUUAGCACAAUCACUUAACAGCAGUCCACAUUUUUCUCCAGGGGCUUGGUGGUUCUGAGAAGCUUGUCUAGGCUCUGUCGU